AUGCAAAAUAAGGGUAACAAUAGUGCCCACUUCACGGGGGUGUGCAGUGGAUUCAAUGAGCAGUCCCUGGAGAAGGCAGAGCCAGAGCAGCAGCUCAGUGUCACCUUCUUUGACAGCAAGCACUACUGCUUAUUGGGCAGCUAUGCUGAGCCGCAUAGAAGGCUGACCCAGCCACGACCUCAGCGGGGCAGUAAGCCUCUUGAAGGCAGUGACAAAAAGGCGCUGACCUGGCGCACAGAUGCUGGUCUGAGUCUGGCAGCCCUGGAGCGGGAGCACAGGGAGGAGACAAAACAGGGUUUGCAAACGGGAAGCGCCGGCGAGGCGGCCCGGGGCGGGGCGGGCAGCCAGGGUGGCCCAGGAGGCGGAGCCGGGCCUGCGGGCUCGCGGGAGCCUCGACUCGCAGUGGCUGCGGGCCCGGGAGGCGGCGGCGGCGGCGCGGCGACAGUAAGUGCGGGCUGCGGGCGGGCGGCGAGCUCGGGCGCGGAGGCGCCGGGCCUGGCCCCACCGACACCUCUUCCAGCUCCCUGCCGCGCGCCCUGGGCUCGCGCUCGCUAUGGCCGCCUUCCCAGGCACUUCUGGGCGCUGCUGCAGGUGGCCAUUGUCUCAGAGGACAGCUUUCAUCGCAGUGCAAACUCCACCUACAGAACCAGAAGCAGCUCUCUACUAGCUGAUGAGGAUGAGCUGCUUGAGAAGCUGCUGGACAGCCCGUCGUCCGGCCUGCAGAGGCCCGAGGACCGCUACAAUGGCACCUACAUCAUCUUCUUCAGCCUGGGCAUCGGCACCUUGCUGCCAUGGAACUUCUUUGUCACUGCCAAGGAGUACUGGGUGUUCAAACUCGGCAACUCCUCUAGCCCAGCCACACAGGAGGGCGCUGUGGGCUCGGACAUCCUGAACUACUUUGAGAGCUACUUUGCCGUUGCCUCCACUGUGCCCUCAGUCCUGUGCCUCGUGGUCAACUUCAUGCUUGUCAACAGGGUUCCGGUCCGUGUCCGUGUCCUGGCCUCCCUGGCCAUCAUGCUGACCAUCUUCGUGAUGAUGACCCUGCUGGUGAAAGUGGAUACCUCCUCCUGGACCUGCAGCUUCUUUGCUGUCACCAUGACCUGCAUGGUGAUCCUCAGUGGCGUCUCCACUAUCUUCAGUAGCAGCAUCUACGGUAUGACUGGCUCCUUCCCGAUGAGGAAUUCCCAGGCGCUGAUAUCAGGAGGAGCGAUGGGCGGGACCAUCAGUGCUGUGGCCUUGCUGGCAGACCUGGCAGCAUCCAGCGACGUGACGGAUAGUGCCCUGGCCUUCUUCCUGACUGCAGAUGUCUUCCUGGCACUCUGCAUUGUGCUCUACCUGCUGUUGCCCAGGCUGGAGUACGCCAGGUACUACAUGAGACCUGCUCGGCCAGCCCAUGUAUUUUCUGGUGAAGAGGAGCAGCCCCAGGACUCCCCCGAUGCAUCUUCAUUGGCCCCUGGAUCCAGUAACCACCCCCUCCCUGCCCUCCGCUCCAUCCUGAAGACGACCGCUGGCCUGGGCUUCUGCACUGUCUACAUCUUCUUCAUCUCCGGCCUCGUCUUCCCUGCCAUUUCCUCCAACGUCGAGUCUCUCAACAAGGGAUCGGGCUCACUGUGGACCGACAAGUUCUUCGUCCCCCUCACCACCUUCCUCCUGUACAACUUUGCCGACCUGUGUGGCCGGCAGAUCACAGCCUGGAUCCAGGUGCCGGGGCCCAAAAGUAAGCUGCUCCUGGGGCUUGUGCUACUCCGGACCGGCUUCAUCCCCCUCUUUGUGUUCUGCAACUACCAGCCCCGUGUACACCUGAAGAUGGUGGUCUUCAUGUCCGACAUCUACCCGGUCCUCUUCACCUCCCUGCUGGGGCUCAGCAACGGCUACCUCAGCACCCUGGCUCUCAUCUACGGGCCAAAGAUUGUGUCCAGGGAGCUGGCGGAGGCCACAGGGGUAGUGAUGUCCUUUUACCUGUGUUUGGGUUUGCUGCUUGGCUCAGCCUUCUCUGCCCUGCUGGUACACCUCAUCUAGGAGGGUGGUGGCCAGGACAUCAGGGCCACGUGACCCUUUGGAGCCUCUGUAAGGUGGUGAGGAAGUGCUGGCAGGGCUUGGCUGGCAUGGAAGAAGGGGCUGGAGCUUCGCUGGGUGCAGAGGGCAGAGCCUACCCAGGCCUCAUUUCUGCCCCCAGGGAAUGAAUGAACCAAAUGAACUGUCUUGUGAUAUUCCAGGCACUUUAACAGAACUUUCCUGAGACAUUUGAAUAGGACCAAUGAAGAUGCAGUUCCACAGUUACAGAGUGGGAGCAUCACUUUCGUAGCUAAUUCUUAAUAUUCCACCCUUCUUUUACCUGCUGGUUUCCAGCUCUUCUAAAAUGUGUUGCCAGUGUCUGAGCAACCACUGAGUUGUUACAGAGCUAGUGCCAAAACCCAGCCACAGGCUUUUUGCACUCUCCCAGCCUUGCUCCUUCCAUCUGACAGAAAGAGGCAAGAGAAUUCUCAGUCCCCCUUACCCUGGGGGAGUCUCCUAGAAUGGAGGUUCCCAUGGAUUGCCAGGCCCCAGGCCCAAGACCCAAGCCUGUGUAGAUCUCCACAUGCUGCCGGUGGGAGACCACCCACUAACCAGACUGGAAAACCCAGAAAGACAGGCCUUCCGGGAAUUCUUCAUUCCAUAAACAUGGUCUCAGGAGGGCCUCCCUGCCCCAGGGACAGAGCCUGCAGGUCCUGCAGUCUGUGGCCUGGGUCAGGGCAGGGUCUUUUAAUGUUCAUGUUUACAACAUGUCAAAGCCAUUGGUUCAAGGGCAUAAUAAAUACUUGGGUAUUUUAUAAAAGCCUUGCUGGUGUAUUAGGAAACAGAAGCAAACUCAGUCUGGGUCAUUUGAGGAUAUUUUAAGAGAAGGUAUAGGGAACACACGGUGCAUUAUAUUCCAGAACUAGUAACAGUGAAGUAGUGAAGGCCU